UACAAUAUAUUUCUGUUUCCCCCUACGACCACCAGAGAGAGCCAUCUCCUCAAUACUUACUUAUAUUUGGUUCUUAAUGUAUGACGCAUGAACUACAUCUCCCAUCAGCCACCUCACAUUGUUGCCCGACCCCACCGGGCUUUCGACUGCCUCUUUUAGGCUGGCUAUUACGUUCCAAUUAAGCGUUUUUUUUAUUAUUAUUUAUUUAUUUAAUUCAUUUUAUUAUAUGACAGGUUGGACUAGUGUUAAAUUAAAAAAAAAAUAAAAUAAAACAUUUAAAGAACCAGAUACAUUCUAUCUAUCGAUAUAUUUUUAUAAAGUUUUUAAAGUAGUCAAAUUACAUAAUAAGAAAUAAAACUAGCGUGUUUUUGUGUUUGUGAAUCUAUUUUUAAUGUGUUUUUAGUUUGUGUUGAUAAAGUUUUAAGGUUCAAGCUCCUCCUACUUGAGCGUCAUCUGCGUCGUCGCACCUCAAAACUCAGUUUCACUUCCUCGUAACGGUGAGUUGAUUUUUGUCUACAAAUGUAAGGAUUUUAAUCCAACUUCACAACGAGUGACAGAACCGGGACCUCGGUUCUCAUCGGUCGGAACCAUGUCUAAGAAAACAGAACCCCACGACGCAUGUGCAGCUUCUGUUCAAACCACUGGGACAAAGUUCCAGACUGACUCGUUGAUGCAGAUUCUGUCAAGAGAAGACCUACAAAGGCUGUUUCCUGGAGCAGAACAUCUAAAGCUGAGAAAGACCAUCUAUGAAAUCCUUCAUGAUCAGAAGCAAACUCAGGAGUUCCUGAAAAAUCUUAAAAGUUGUAUCCAUCAAAACUCUCUCAACGAUGUUGCUGUAACAGUAUACCUUCAAAGGAUAAACAGCAUAAAGGAUCAGCUGGAUCAGAUGCAGACUGUCCUUGAAGCUCAUAAAAUGCAAAAGGACAUCAACAAAAGCCAGGUUUCUCAAAAAGGUUCUUCAUCAAACACCAAAGCGCUCAUGAAAACCAAUGAGAUGCAAAGAGAUGCAAGUCUUUUAGAUAAAAAGAAAAAAGAACAACGCGGAUUUAGCUUUUUACCGUUCUUCAGCAGUUUCUUUUCUUCAGUCGAUGAUCCCCCACCGAAGAUCUCAGUAACAGGGAAGUACAAGAUGGUGGUCUGUGGUCAAACAUUUGGAGCUCAUCUUCAGCUUUUAGACCAAAUUCAGACUUCAGGGUUAAAUUUGAUAAAAGGAAAUGAGGAAGAAAGCUGCAUCACCAUCGUUUUCUGUCCUCUUACAUCUCGGAUUGAAACAGAUGCUGAAGAAGCCAUGAGGACGGUUCCAGGUGAUGAUCCAGUCAUUCUGGUCCUCAUGCAUUACUCUGAAGAACCCAAACAUGUUUCCUCCUCAGAAGUCUUCUCUAGUUACCCUAACGUUGUCUUGGAGGUCCAUGUUUUCUACCAUGACAAACAGAACGGUUUAUUGAGGUGUGAACAAAAUGAAAAAGCUGUCAUUAAGUUAAAGACAGAACUGAAGAAGUAUCGCAAAUCACAACGCUCUGGAUCUAAAAGUAGAAAAAACUCAAGGAUUUCUCCUUCCUCUUAAGUCUGAUGUGUUGGUAACGUUUGUAGAUGCAGUUAAUUUCUAAAAUAAGGUGAUGUUAUAUUAUAUUAGUUUAAACUUUAAAGACAUAUUUUUAUUUUCAAAAGCCUUACCUAUGUUCUUUAAGUAAUGGUUUGUAUUCUCUCUCUUGAUUAUGAACAGCAGUAAAAUUGUCGGCCAAGAACAGGAGUUGCGAUGAAAGAUCUAAACGUAAAGCUUCACUGAUCGCCAAAGACGCCACAGACACUCUCAGAUUCAGAUCAUUUCCGUUCAGGACAAAGAGAGCUAUAUACAGUUUUGAGUUAACCUCAGUCUGACUGCUAAACUAAGUCAGUGUCAUCUUAAGCUUUUAAUAAUUAUUAUUGUAUACUUUUUAUAUCUUGUCGCUUCAGCACAUCUGAAAUGAUAUUGUCUGCAUUUUAAUGUGGGUAUGUGUUUGUAUUGAUCUGGAUUCUACUGGGGUAUUUGAUUUGACUGAAUUUGAUGAUUUGAUUGAUUUUACUGACAAUUUUUUUACUUUGUUCUGUGAUGUUCCUACCGGAAAAAUAAAGUAACUUUGAUUAAAAAUAAAAUUCCUUUUCAGUAACUAUCUAAAUUUCAAAAUCUAAGAUUUGUUUACGUUUUCCCCCUUUGAGAUUACAAUACCAAACUGUUUAUGUACAAUGUGUCUUUUCAACCCAAUCUAAUAUCUGGAUCAAUUUUAUUUGGUUUAAAAAAAUAAAAAAUAUGUUCAAAUAUAUUUAAAUUGUUUUGUUGGUAAUUAAUAUAUGAUAUAAGAAUUAUUUAUUUUUAUAUUCCACAUUUAUAUUACGACAUCCCGGUUUGCAUCU